UUUUUUGUGCGUGUGUGAUCGAAAUUUGAUAGCAAUUGGACAUAAUCUGAAGGACAGAUUUGUCUAUGGAGGACCCCUGGAAAUAGUCAAAAUGGGACAAAAUGGACUGGUGCAAACCAAAAUGGAAGACUUUCUGGGCCUUUUCAGCUGUGGGUUCUUGAGAUUUUUUUAUUUUUUUUUGUAGCUCUACUCAUGAUAGAUAAACCUACCAAAUUGCAUGUUGCUAAGUGACGCCAGCGUCGGAAGGGAUUGUAUUGCUGAGUGCAACACAAUCCUCCCUGUGUUCACAUUUGAGGCAACUGCUGUGAAGCUCGCGUCUGACGCAAUGUUUCUCUACUUGCUGAUCCUGAUAGCGUACCGCAGUAGCAGAUGGAUACCAAGGAAUCAGAGGCUUAAGUUGUACGUGCGCUUUUGCGCUCCCCCACAAAAAAAAAAAAAAAAAUCAAUUUGUCUGUUUUUGAAUGUGUUUUUUUUUUUCUCCGACAGCCAAAUUGUCAACGCUGUGUUCACGGCCCUCGUGGUGUUCCCUCAGAUGUACAUCAUAGCAAGGCCCACGUCGGCAAGGUACUGCAAGCAGCCCUUACUGAACAGCCUGGCCGCUUCCAUCGGCCUGUCCCUGGUGGCCUCAGGUUUUUCUGUCGUCUUUACGCUCAUAGAUCCAGUCCCUCAGGGCUUGUGGGCGUCCUAUCACAUGUUCGGACUUCUGUCGUUUGGACACGGGCUGUGCUGCGCCAUCUUGACGCUCACUGCGACCGCAUGCGCCAGAACCACACCUGAGCUGUACCACAUGUCCCUUUUCAUCACAGUGGCAUCCAUUUUGAGCUCAGGUGCGCUGGCAGUCAAAGUUGGCCUGUGGCUGACAAAAAGGCCGCAACAAUGAGCAAUAAAAGCAGCCCAGCUGUCUCACAUCGACAUCGGAUAGCGCUCAUAUCAACGAUUCAUGCGGUUUCCAUGCCGCCGGCGAGCCGGUAACUCAAAACCAUGGGAAUGAAAGAAGAGAAAGCGAGUUAAUCCGGCUCACGUUUUAAUGCUUAGCUUCAUACAAGACAGGUGUUUCCUUUUGCAGAUCCUUGACGUUUUGGUUCCCGUUGUAACCUGUUGAAAAUGUAACACAUAUGAUCCAAAAAGAUUUCGAGGUGAUACAGGCCAGCAGCUGUUUAAAAAAAAAAAAAAUCACCACGAAGCAGAAAUGUGCCGCUGGAAAUUUCCAUGUGAAAAAAAAACAGCUCAGAGGAAGUCAUACAAUGUAUAACUGCACAGGCAAUGGGACACAACUUUACACUUUGGGGAAAUCCAGCAAAUGGAUCACAGAAAGGCUCAGUAAGACAUUCUUUUGACUUAUUGUAAAGAGGAACUACAGAUACAGGUUCCAGACAAU